AUGGAGAUAUUCAAUAAGUUUACAGAUGAAAGGGAAAAAUUCAAAGAAUCAAUUGCAAAGGAUGAAGUUGGUUUAUUAAGUUUGUAUGAAGCAUCCCACUUGAGAACGAAGGGAGAAAAUAUAUUAGAUGAAGCAUUAGCUUUCACAACUACUCAUCUUCAAGCAAUGGCCAUGGAUUCCAACUGUCCAUUCUCUGAGGAAGCCAAAUAUGCAUUGAAGUGGCCAAUUUAUAAAGCUGUGCCAAGGUUUAUGGCUAGGCAAAAUACUUCUCUCCAUCACAACAAUCCAUUGAAGACAAAUAAUGUUUUGCUCACUUUUGCAAAGUUGGACUACAAUUCUCUCCAAAAACUUUACCACAAAGAAUUGGUUCUAAAUGUAUAUAGGUGGUGGAAAGAUCACAAGUUGAAGGAGCUAUUACCUUUUGCACGAAUUAGAGUGGUGGAGAUCUAUGUUUGGGCAUCGGGAGUUCGAUAUGAACCAAAAUACUGUAAUACUAGAAGAACAUUAGCCAAAAUUAUUACUUUUAUAUCUGUUAUUGAUGAUAUGUAUGAUGUCUAUGCCACACUUGAUGAACUUCAACUAUUCACCGAUGCCAUUCAAAGGUGGGAUGUGAGUUGCAUUGAGAAGCUCCCAAAUUACAUGAAAGGACUUUAUGAAACUAUAAUUGAAGUUUAUGAAGAGAUUGAACAAGAUAUUUGCAAGGAUAAUAAUACUCCAUUUGCAUUUGAUUAUGCAAAAGAAGCGUUGAAAAGUCUAUGCAAAGCUUACUUAAUGGAGGCUACAUGGUUCAAUCAAGGUUAUAUACCAACAAUGGAGGAAUACAUGAAAGUUUCCAUCACUUCUGCAGCCUACUAUGUUAUUACUUCAAUUUCCUUCCUUACUUUAGGAAAUAAUGUUGCUUCAAAACAGGUCUAUGAAUGGGCUCAAACUGACCCUAUUCUUCUUAGAUCAACUGGUGUAAUUGGCAGGAUCCUCAAUGACAUGGCUUCUCACAAGUUUGAACAAGAGCGAGGACAUGUGGCUUCUGCAGUCGAAUGUUACAUGAAAGAAUAUGGAGUAUCAGAAGAAGAAGCCAUAAUUGAAUUAGAAAAGGAAGUUGGAACAGCAUGGAAAGAUGUGACAGAAGAUUACACAAAAUCUUCAUUGAAGUUUCCAAAUGUGAUCCUCGAAUGUGUGUUGAACGUUGCAAGACUUUCAGAUUUCUUUUAUAAGGAAGUAGAUGGUUACACAUUUGCUGAUGCAGAAAUCAAACAUUUUAUUGACUUGAUGCUUACUCACCCUGUCCCAAUUUGA